CACCGGGCUGUGUGUCGCUGCAGGCUGACAGAGCCGCAGAACUUUGAGUUGUGUCGGUCGGUGCAGGAUGGUGUGAACUUCACUGAAGACCCUGAACUCAACACAAACUCUCUCUGGCUCCGAGUCUGACCUGGUGUUUGAACGCAACAUUUCUCACCUGUGUGAUUAUUUUUAUUUUUUAUUAGUUAUUAGUUUUGCACGUGAGCCUGACAUGGCUGAGGCACCGCCGCCGCCACAGGUCGAAAUAGACCCGGAAUUUGAGCCUCUCUCCCGGCCGCGGUCCUGCACCUGGCCGCUCCCCAGACCGGAGCUCAGCGACCCGGCCAGCUCCAACACGUCCUCCCCGGCAGCGUCUGUGCAGCAGGAGCCGGGAGCAAACCCGGAGUUCAUCAGCAGCCUGGGCUUGCUGGAGGAGGACUAUGAGGAGUACGCGGAGCAGAAGCCGCCGGUGCUCUGCACGGACUUCCAGUGUCGGGACGCAAACUGUGCGCAUCUCCAUCACCACCACCACCACCACCACCAUCACCUCCUCCAGCAGCAGCAGCAGCUCCCGGCUCAGCUGCCUCCUCAGCAACAAGUGCCUCCUCCUCCUCCUGCUCCUCCUGCUCCUGCUCCAGGUGGUGUCGCACCUCUGGGCAGCUCCGGCCAGAGGAAGAGCAGCACGUCCCGGCGGAACGCCUGGGGCAACAUGUCGUACGCUGACCUGAUCACCAAGGCGAUAGACAGCUCACCUGAGAAGAGGCUCACACUGUCCCAGAUCUACGACUGGAUGGUGAAGAGCGUGCCGUACUUCAAGGACAAAGGAGACAGCAACAGCUCCGCGGGCUGGAAGAACUCCAUCAGGCACAACCUGUCGCUGCACAGCCGCUUCGUGCGCAUCCAGAACGAGGGAACAGGAAAAAGCUCCUGGUGGAUGCUGAACCCGGAGGGCGGGAAGAGCGGGAAGUCGCCUCGACGCAGAGCCGCCUCCAUGGACAACAACAGUAAGCUCGCCAAGAGCAGAGGACGGGCCUCAAAGAAAAAGAUGGCUCUACAGGAGGGCGCUGAGGGCGGAGCAGGCAGCCCUGGUUCCCAGUACUCUAACUGGUUGGGAAGCCCAAACUCCCACAGUAACGAGGACUUCGAACCCUGGGGUUCCUUUAGGACGCGUGCCAGCUCUGAUGCCAGCACCCUGAGCGGUCGCCACUCACCUUUCCCAUCCGAACAGGAUGACCUGGGGGAGUCUGACAGCCAUAUGAUGUAUCCCGGAGUGGCAGGGACCAAGAUAACCUCCACCCUGCCCAGCCUGUCCGAGGUGGCUGGACCCAUGGGCCAACUCGGCUCAGAGAUCGUCAUGGAGAGUCUGCUGGAUAACCUGAACCUCCUGUCUCCAAAACCUCCCCAGCUGGGUUCUGAUGCCUCGCAUUCCCCAAAUGCUGCUGUGCUUCAGACUAGCCCCUACAGCUCCACUGGCUUGACCCCACACCCACAGCAGGACUACCACAAGUGCAUGUACAGCCAGGUGAGGAUGAGCUCCCUGUCCCCCGCUCCCAUGCAAACGCUCCCAGAGACCAAGCCAGGCUUUGGGGUUUAUGAGAACCAGUAUCUCUGCCCUGCGGGCCUCCUCAAAGAGCUGCUGACCUCAGAUGCAGAUGCCAGUCGGGACAUGAUGCCCUCUAGAGAUACGCAGGUGUCUCAGGUUGGGAGGGGAGGUUGCCUCCUGCCAACUUAUAGCAGCCACAGCCAGGUGGGGGGACACAACGGAGUAAAAAUGAUGAAUCCUCUGCAGCGCCACGCAGUUCCUCGUCUAAGUCCACAAGUUAUACAUAGCCAGGGUCCUGCAACCUCACGAGACUUGAAUAGCUGCAACAUGAUCCCCCUGACCAGCCUGACUAGUCUUUCAGGGGCCCCUCCUCGAAUGACCAGCCUGAGGACAUGCAUGCAGCUGCCCCGCGGACACCCGGCACACACUAAUGAUGUUUCGGCAGGUUAUGGCAGCAAUAACGGCUACAGGGAACUGAACUCCGUUCAUCCACACGGUCAUCAUCAGGAGCGGCUGCCCAGCGACCUGGACAACAUGUCCAUCGAGAGGUUUGAAUGCGACAUGGAGACCGUCCUCCAUGACACCCUCAUGGAUGGCGGGGUGCUGGACUUUAACUUUGACCCCACAGCUGCAUCUCAUGGGUUUCCACAGAGGGUGAAGACCACCACACAUAGUUGGGUGUCAGGAUAGGAUGCACAGGUUUUCCUCAGCAUCACCUUCAUUCAGAGAUGGGACGAUGUAAAGCCUCUGACACAAAGAUCUUUUCAAUAAUGUACACGACUUCUUUUCCAUCUCCACGUAUAACAAACAAUUACUUUACAUGCAGGAAUGUAAUCAAGUUCAUCAUUCACGUACCGAGACUAUGAAACAAAUCAGAGACAAACUGUCCUUGUUUACAGUUGCCUGUUAUGGCAUAUGGAAAUAUACAGUACAGUUUAUUACAUAAGACAAAACACAGCUUCAGAGGGCCUUACGAAUAAUUUCUCAAAAUGUAUGAUCCAUGGCGUGUCUGCAAACUCCACACGAGUCCACACGCUUCUCUUUAUUUAAUGAAAUCCAGAGUAAAGAGUCUGUUUUGAAGUAAUUAGCGGACACAAAGCAGCAGAAAUACUCCUGCAGUUUGAGUUUGGUCCAGUGCUUAAAAGUAUAUUUUGAAAAUCAUCUUCUUCUCCAAAGAUCUUUUAUCAUCCAGCCCUUAAUGACAAAUGAUUACAAGUGUUAAUGUAUUUAGAUAAUUAGGUUUAAAAGCAUGUGUGUCACUAUGCAGACGAUUCGCUGGUUUAUCUCGCAUAAUAUCCUGAAAACGUACACACUGCUUCAGUGUUUGUAGACAGAUGUCGUGGUACAGUGUUGUCAAAUAUCAGCCUCACCAUUAAGCUGUUACUACAGACUGUGAGAUAAGCUGCAUCUCAGACUGAAAUGAAUACAAUAUGAAGGUAUUUAUUUAUGUUUUUAAUUCAAUCGUAGCUUUUGGAUUCUCGCUUUGUACUCUGUAUGCUUGUAAAAAACACGUGUGCCUAUACUGCAUAAAUGUACAUACUGUAUUUGAGUUAUUGGUCUAAUUUAAACAAAUAUCGAGUGAGGAGAUUACAGAUACGUUAGAGGCGUUACACGCUAAAAACAUUCAAAGCCACAUUGGAUAAAAACUGUUGAAAAAGGGACAUGUUGGAGAAUUCAGAGGUUUUCACCUGACUUAUGCUGUGUACAUAUAUAAUGUACAUAUAAACUGAGGGGGUGAUGGGAAAUGUAGGAUUUACUUUGCUGGUUUUUAUUAUGCACCAAAGAGUUUUCUACUCCACCGAACACAUUUCAGAGAAAGUUCACUGUGCCUACACGUCUCACAGACUCAAAGUGUUGUACAUAUUCUUUUCUUUAGUAGUACAUUUUUGUAUAUGAAGGGUUUACAUGACUAGUAUUACACAGUAUGUAUGGUUGUUUACAUAUCUCAGUCCAAACUAUCAAUAAAUAUAUCAAACACGCGUACCUCAAAAUAUUUUACCUCUGAAGUGUUGAAGGGAUUUUUCCUGCCAUUUUUCUCAGUGAGUGAUGUUUUGAAUUUGUCUCAAUUUUCCACAUUGUUUUGUACAUUUAUUUUAUGCUGUUCAGAGUGACGUAUUGUUUUCUUGUGUUUGAGGAUUAUAGCCAUUAGUCCAUAGGAAGUCAUUUUAAAUUAAACAUAAAAUUAGGUAAAAUUAUAUUUUAAAUUUUGUAUUCAUCUGUUUAGAUAAAGUAAACGGAGUUUAAUUAUAUCAUGGAGUAAAGUACUUCUGUAAUAUAUGAAAUAAAUGUGAUGGGAGUAUUUUAAUAAGCUAAUAACCUGGCACAGAUGAGAUUUUGUUGAAAGUAUUUGAGUCUAUAAUAUUUCAUUAUAAAACAAGAGUCGAAUGCAUUUUUAUAGGUCGUCUUUUACAUUACACAAAUGAUGAACACACAUCUGGAAAUCUGAUUUUGUCUUUGAUAUCAACAUCCAGGUAUUUUUGGAAGAAAUGCAGUUUUUUUCUAUGUAACCAUUCGAUGCGUAAAUCACCACGUGAACUCACAAUUAAAGG